UUUCGAUUUGACAAACAGAAAGCAAACAUUUUGUGGCUGUGGCGUUUUCCCGAAUCACCAUUUUUGUGUUCCCUGGCCAAGGAAGGUCCUAACUAUCGGAUUUUGACCAGCAUCGGUUCCUUCUGGAAAUUCAACAAACUUCUUUUAAAAAGCACAAUGGCUGACGACGAUCAGAAACCAGGACCUUCAGGGAAGUCUGAGAGUGACAACAAGAGUGCUGCGGCUGCUCCCGCUGGAGGUCAGAAACAGCAGCAAGAACCGGCCAAACCACAGGGUCAGAAGCGGAAGCGGAAAUUGUCCGGGAAAAACAAGGCCGCUGCCAACCAGCAGCCAGAGGAAGAGGAUGUGGAAACGGAGAAGAUUAACUUUAUGCGGGAACCGGUUGUCCAGUGCCUUCGUAAUGUGGACGAUACCAGCGAUGAAGGUGUGAUGAGAUCCUUGAUCAGCCACCUGCAGCCCUCACAUCACGAGAUUGAAUUUGCCCUGACCAGGGUGAAGGCUGAUCUGAGUCGGGUUCUCGGAUUUCCGGGGAACGAUUUUACUAUUUACGAAUUCGGUUCCAUUAAAUCGGGUCUGGCUUUUCGGGACUCCGAUUUGGAUCUUUAUAUCCACUAUGACAAAAACAGCGAUGCAAAUACGAAAAAGCUUAUCCAUGUUAUUCACGGACGGAUGUUGAGGAACCAGCCGUUUCACGGGUUGGUAAAAAUUUUGGGUGCUAAAGUACCGUUACUGCGGGCCAUUCAUGGUCCCACAAAUUUGAUGUGCGAUAUCAAUUUUAGCAACGCUAGAGGAUGCUACAACAGCAAGUUUAUUUAUGCCGUAACCCGAUUCGACCACCGAAUCCACAAAUUGGCCGUUAUCGUUAAAUUCUGGGCCAAAUGUGCCUAUCUCUUGACUAACCAUAGGCAGAUGAAUACCUACUGCAUCAUAAUGAUGUUGAUAUUUUACCUUCAAACGAAGAAAUUACCGCUCUUGCCUUCGGUGCAAGAUUUGCAGAAAGGAACUCCCCGGGUGUCUUAUGGGCCAUGGAAUUUGGGCUACCCGAAGGAUAUCAAGUUCGCUACGAUGAACAGAGAAAACAUUCGGGAGCUGCUGACCGGAUUUUUCAGAUACUAUUCCAACUUUGAAUUCGAGAAGAACCUAAUCUCGCCAUUCGUUGGCCGUCUUUGUAGUCUGGAGGAAAUGAAGCAAUCCAAGGUGCGAGAACUACAGACUUACUACAAAGCUGUCGAGCACCUCGAUAACAAUCCUUUCAAUUUCGGCACUCUGAUCUCAAUCCAGGAUCCAUUCGAACUUAAUAACAACAUCGGCGGGGUGUGCAAUUCGGUAGUACACUUCGAGCAGUUCAAGUUGAGUUUCAAAACUGCCCUGGCCGUUUGUUCGAAACCUAACAAUGUUCCGUUCAACAAACUACUGGAGGCUCUCUUCACCGAAACGAAACGUUACGUACGGUCCUCAAAAGCACCACCUCAGCCUAAAGUUCAAGUAGUCAACGGCGUCCCUCAAAAAACAGCCGAAGUUGGAUCGCAUUGGCGCAUCUGCAAACUGCUGGCCCUAGAGUAUGAACUAUAUUUGGUUCGCCAAAUAAUGCUGGCAAAAAUCAGCAGCACCGAUUCCGUCAUCACCGAGAUGCAAAUCAAAAACAUGUGGGCCGAUUGCAUGCUCGAUUUCAUCGAAGACAUUCUCAAAAAGCUGUUCAUGUGCGAAAUGACGCUACUCGAGGAUCCGGAACGAUCAUUCAGCCUGCCGUCCACGAUAGCUCAGAAGGACGUCCGGGCCUUUACGAUCAGCUGCGAACGGCAGGUCGUCAUCAAGCGGCCCCGCAUUCAAUUCACCAACGAUGAAGAACUGAACCAACAGAUUGCCAUCAGCAAGGCCCGGCACGAGAUGAACUUCCCGUUGAAGUUCGAAUCCCGCAUCGAUAUGUUCAAACUGAACGACGCCGUCGAGGUGCACAUUCCGGUGGAACAGUGUCGCAACGGGCCGCUGCGUGUGUUCAUCGAGACCUGUUUCCUGCCCCAGAUACGGCGCUGCGUGGCAGGCUACUUUAAGAUUAUGCUGGCCAAGGCUACGGAGAAAGCGGCGGCCAAUCCAUGAGGCCAAUAAUUGGACCUCCCAUUCUAUUGAACUUCAAAUUGAAAGUUCCACUGAAACGACGCUACAACGGUAGUAUUAUGUUUGAUCAUAUUUCUUAUAUUUUUUUUAUAACAAGUGAUUAUAAGUCUGGGAAAUUUGUUUUAUUUGAUAAACUUUUGUUGCUUUUUUUCUUAAAAUGAAGGAAGAAGCACUCCUAUUUGAGACGAGUUUUGUACGAUUUUUUUUCCAAUCGGGAAAAUAAUUUAAUAAAAAUCUUAAAUGCAGCACACAAUAG